GGCUGAGAUUCGGCCCUCGCGCCCUUUUGAUCUUGUUGACCGGACUCGCCUUGUUUUGCGACACUGGCAGACUUGACUUGGAGUCAUGGUCAUGGGGGUGUCGGAGGGCGUUUUGGUCAACCUGGAACGUGGCCUCCCGUUUUAUAUUGGAAUCUUCUUCGGUUCCAUGCUCUUUUUCUUGGGUUGGAAUGCCCUCAACUCCUUCUUCUUGGUGGGUCCUGCCGUGGCCACCUAUGUGCACCAUCGCACCAGCGGAAAUCGGAAGAACGCUCUGACGGCCGUGCUCUUUCCCGCCAAUUUGAUUGGAUUGGUCGUGCCAGCGCUUCUAGGCGGACUCAUUCUGUUUCUGGUGACGACCUGGCCAUAUCCCGUGGCCUGCUACACCUUCUACCAGCGUCAGAGAGCCGCGGCUCGUUCACCGGAUGCAGAAGAGCCACCUCCGGUCGCAGCUGGCGCGGAGGCGAAGGUCGUGGGUGUGGUGGAUGGCGAGAAGGAGGAGACCAAUGAGACGAGCCAGAAGUAGAAGACCAGCAAUGCACCAAACGAGUCUCAAGCGCCCGCAGUGCAAGGUGCAGCGGAAACCAAACUGUUUUGCCGUGGAUUUUUGACUGAGAUGAAUCAAGGGAUGGAGUCAGAAACAGUAAUUAGCUGUUUGUUAGCCAUUUGCGUUUACGUUUACAACAAGCAAAGGUCACAAGGUCCCGUCCUAGGCCCUUUUGACUCGAUGUGCACUGAGGAACAUGAUGAUACACGAUGAAACAGUACAUGUAAAACUGGUUUUUGAUUGAUGUCCUCCUUGUUUCCUUUGGUAGCAAGAAGCUACGAAUUAGGUGGAGGCCAUCGCUAUUAGAUUGGAGGCCAUUGCUAGUAGCAAGAAGCUAUUGUUUCUAGACUUUGAGUCGCACGUGGUUGAUUGUUGGAUGCGGCUUGCACGAGCUGUCGAUUUGCUUUGGUGUUCUGUGGCUGAAGGAUGCUGGGGGCGCUCAAGUUGGAGUUCCUUUGCCAGUUCUUUCUGAGUGUUUUUUUGCAUCAUAUUCGAUUGUUGCCAGUUGUUAUCGCUUGUUGCUGCCUUGCAAACAUGGGUUGAUUCUUUUCAAGAUGUCCGUUCAAACAUGGACGUUGGAUUCCCCUACCUAGUGAUAGGACACGCCGGCACGCAAUUGAUUGUAGACCUUGUGCCUGAAGGAAGUUCAGGCUGCCUCAAAGACUACUUCCAAUGAACCCUGUUGGACUACAGUUGCUGCAUGCCUUGGCAGGGUGCAACAGUUUAGUCAAUGUAUAUGCUCGUUGCUCUCGCGCUGUCAGGGGUCAAGAUUGACGAGAAGCAGGAUGUCUUCAUCGUGCCCACGGACAGUUUCUGCAGAAGGCCAAUUUAGUUGUGCCAUCACCAGUUUUUGUUCUGCUCUUCGCAUCGUGCGUGAGUUUUGCUGCACUCUGCCGAAAGGUAGACUGGGCCAGCACUCGCCAAUUGCUUUGAGAAUGUACAAACGUCUGGUCAGUUCACGGGUCCCGCUGCAGAAAGAAUCGGGUGUGGUCCCUUGCUUCGACAUCCGAUCCCAGUUUUCAGACACUGUUUCUCCCUAGUUAGACCUCCAAAG